AUGGUUUGCGACACGAUAACAUAUCAUCCGACUCUCACAAAACUGAUCAAUUUCCUCGAGACAAACAAUGGCCGUGACAAGCUGCUCAGAACGCUGCAAUACGUGACGAAGUUGCUGGCUUAUUAUCUCCUCAGGACAGGCUCCAGCGUGAACAGCUACUAUCUGGUGAGAAGACUGCAGGAGUUGUUUACUCUCAGCAGAAAGCCGUUGAGAGCCCUGAAGCCGCUGAAACACCUCAAGGCGCUCUCGUUGACCGUCGACAACGAGCUCGGCGACGGGUACACAAAGCUGUUUGAGAGCGUCAAACAGGCCAGCUACUCGCUGUACUACGGGUUCGACACUGUGCACUGGCUCAAAUUGUUGGGACUGCUGCGGAACAGAGACGGCAAACUGCUCGUGAAGAUCGAGCAAGUGUGUAGCUUCUUCUGGCUCGUGGCUCUGGUUUCGGGCCUUCUGCAAAACGUCAGACAACUCAGAGUGUCGUAUUUGAGAAAACAGGAGCUGCUCAAAGAGCUGGCCUCGGGCGAUGAUCAGGAUCCGCUGGACAAGAGAGGCAACCUGGAGAAACAGAAAGAGACCCUCGACGCCCAAAAUACCCAGCUCCACAGAGCAAAGAGAGACCUCGUGAUCCAUGCUCUCAACAGCCUGGUGGCCAUCAACGGCCUCAGCCAGAAACGUGUCAACAAUGGUGUUGCGGGUGGAGCUGGCGUGAUCACUAGUGUUCUGCAGCUCCAGGACCUGUGGAACGCCACCGGCACGGCCGAAUCUUCUGUGAUAUGA